AUGGUGGAGACGAUGAACCGCGUCGCGCCGUACGCGGAGCAAGCACACAAGCCGCCGAAAGAGCUCCUAAACGAAAUCGCGACGCGCAGCUACCGGCCCCGUAUUCUGGACCGCAAACCGUGGCCGCGGACUGUAUUGCACCUUCUUGAAGAGUGUUCGUUCAACGACGCGAGUGCCCGCCCAGCAUUUUCUGCGAUUGUACCCCGCUUGGAAGCGAUCGUGGCCGCUUUAGCGCAGACACCCAAGUGA